CUAUGUACAAUUCUCAUAUUUAGUAAAAUUUCCCAAAGGUUCAAUUCAACAAAGAAAAAUCGACAGCAACAUUGUGUGUGAGAGAGAGAGAGAGAGAGAGAGAGAGAGAGGGAGGGAGAGAGAUCAGCUACAUUGACAUUUUUACAGAUCUCCCUCGCUCUCGUUUUUGACCCCUCGCGUUAGCCAUGGGUCUUUGGGAAGCUUUGCUCAAUUGGCUUCGAAGCCUCUUCUUUCAGCAGGAAAUGGAGCUUUCUUUGAUUGGGCUGCAGAAUGCAGGAAAAACAUCCCUUGUAAAUGUCAUUGCUACUGGUGGAUACAGUGAAGACAUGAUACCAACAGUGGGAUUUAACAUGCGGAAAGUGACUAAAGGAAAUGUGACUAUAAAAUUGUGGGACCUUGGAGGUCAACCCAGAUUCCGCAGUAUGUGGGAAAGAUACUGUCGUGCAGUUUCUGCUAUAGUUUAUGUUGUUGAUGCUGCUGAUCAUGAUAAUGUUAGUAUUUCAAGAAGUGAAAUCCAUGACCUGCUGAGCAAGCCAUCAUUGAGUGGUAUUCCGUUGCUGGUAUUGGGUAACAAGAUUGACAAGCCUGAAGCUCUCUCCAAGCAGGCUUUGACUGAUCAGAUGGAUUUGAAAUCUGUAACUGAUAGAGAGGUAUGUUGCUAUAUGAUCUCAUGCAAGAAUUCCACCAAUAUUGAUUCAGUCCUUGAUUGGCUUGUUAAGCACUCAAAAUCAAAGAGUUAAGCAUAAUACCCUUCUUGUACUCAGUUUGUUGAAUUUGUGAGGCUAUUCCUGCUGCUGCUUUUUCCAGAGUUCUCUUGUAUGUAAAUUAUUUUUCUUUUCCCAAUUGAAGGAGUUGUAUUGUAUUUUAGUUUGUGAUUGUCUCAGCCUGCAAUUGUGAAUGCCUCUUCCCUCUUAUGGAGUGAUUCGCUAAUGUGUUUUGAGAGGUACUUCACUGAUUAAUUAGAAGGAACUAAAUUGAUUUGAUUUUC